UUCACUUCUUCUCUCUCUUCCUCCUCCAUCUAUAAUCGCCGACCUCCGCUCCUCCUCGGCCGUCGCCACCAGGAAGUCGCCGGCGCAGUGACCAGGCCGACCACCGCUGCGUUCAAGCCGAGCCUGUUUUCUCCGUUUCGUCGUCCUCCAGAUCUCGAAUGUGGCCCGUCCAUGGCCGAAAUCGUCGGCGCUGGUGCAUCCAUGGUCAAACGCCUUCAGGCGUCCAUGGCCGUCGGGAUCUCGAUUUUUGCCCGUCACGGCCAUGGAUGACCCAGUAACGCGGAGGUCGGUUGUCGCUCACGGCCAUGGCUCCAGAAAGGGUGGACGCGGAGGUCGACCUGGACGGGACGAUAACGUCGCUCGACAGCUAGAUCUGGUUUGCUGCUCAACAGCUUUGAGCUCGAGUCUUGGCUCGUCCAUGGCUGCCGGCGACGAGCUCAACAGCGUUGCCGCAUACCGUGGUGGCCACGGUGGGGCGGUGGUUCAAAGAUGAGGACGGCGGCGGCGGCUUGGGCGGUGGAGAUAGUCCAAGCCCAGGCGGAGCGGAGGUCGAAGAUGGAGGAGGAAAAGAGAAAUUUUUUUUUUUUUAAUUUCCAUCUACGCACGCCACACGCCACAUGCCGCACGUCAUUGUUGACAAACAUGCCGCCGAAUGUUUGUUUCUCACCUCAACAACGUCUGUGCUGGAUGCUGGAACACUCGACCUCGGACUUCGAAGAAAAUGCCAAACUUUCGAGUCAACAAUUAUGGCACGUCUAUGGAGCGAAAGCAACUGCACUGUUCUUUUUCUUAUUUUCUUGUUAUUGCAGAUGGACGCUGGAGAAGGAAGGUUUUGGGCCGUGAAAUCCGGGGUGGUGUUGCUUUUCCUACUCGUGCUCGGAGGACUUCCUGAUGUUGCUCCAGGGAGCUCUACGCUGGUCUAUAGAAAUACUUGCCUAGUACCAGUAUUUCCAUCUCUGAUUCCGACUGGUGAUUCUGUCGAAAUUAACAACACCACCAGUCUCGGUGCAAUUGCUCCAUAUGGACAACUGCCAGUUCCUUUGCCGGAUGAUUGGUUCGGCUUUGGCUUUGUCAGGACUGGGUGCAUCUCGACUGGAAUGGGCUUUCACAAUUGCACCAGUGCUAAUUGCGAAGGAAGAGAUUGUACUGCACAGGACCUUGUGGUUGCCACGAUUUUCAGCAUUUCCAGUGACGGUUACAUCAUAUCCGUAGAAAGGGGGUACAAUGUUGGACUUGCUAUGGAGUUCAUGUGUAAUGGCUGCAGCGGCUGCCCCUCCGCAAGGUGCAAAGCCCAGUUGGGAAGCUGCCCAAAUAAUCUCAGGGUGUUCAACAGUUCAGGAGCUGUGGCUGCAUGCAUGCCAUCACCUGGUAGUGAGCUGCAUUUCUCUGAGGAUGAAUGCAUUUUCCCAGGUGAUUACACUACUUCCAGGGGGAGGAUCCCUUGUCAAGGGAAGAAUCUUGUUAUAAUGAUUAUAAUAUCAUGCUGAUGUAUUUUAAGCACGCCAACAGUUAAAAAACCAGGCUCCUUGUUAGUCCUUGAAAUCUCUAUGCUUUCAAAGGUGAACCUUUUGUUGGUA